AUGUCCUGGAAACUCGGAAGAAGUAAAAAGUCUUCCGUCACAAACCUUCGCGGAGAGGACCACAACGGUCGUUCCACUACCCCCACACCAUCCAAUCCAGAUGGCAAACCUUUGCCACGUUCUGGCCUACUUACUAUACGUGUCAUGGGUGCAGAGGGCUUAGCUCUACCUCCAGGUACCAGCAUUCCGCCCGCCGUUCAGAACGCACUUGCUUCACAACAAGCCAAAGUCGCUGCCUCCGUGUCACCCUCUAGCAUUCAGCAACAGAGACUGGCCAAGACUAGGGGAAAUAGGGACAGCAUCCAGCGAACCCAAUGUUGGUGGCUUCCGUAUAUCGUCAUGGAAUACGAAGUAAACCAAGUAUUGAUCACUCCUCUUGGCGGUGAACUCGACAAACCGCUGUACAUGUAUCAAGCCCAUUUCGACGUCUCCAGAAAUUCUUCAAUCUCCUUACAGUGCUAUCUUCGUGCCGACGAGCCCAACAGAGGCGGUGACGGUUUAGCUGAUGACCUCGGCAACGACGUUUUUCUUGGUGGUCUCACUUUCGUCCCUGACUUUGAGAACAUGGGCACCGAAAACCGGUGGUACGUCAUGUCAGGAGGUGCCGGUAAAAUUCAACUCGGAGUUUCUUACCAGCCUGGUUACGGUGGUUCUGUGAGUAUAGACGAUUUCGAGUUGAUCACCGUCAUUGGGAAAGGAAGCUUUGGAAAGGUUAUGCAAGUCCGCAAGCGUGACACCUCUCGUAUCUACGCCCUGAAAACGAUUCGAAAGGCUCAUAUCGUUCACCGCAAUGAGAUCACCCAUACUUUAGCCGAGCGCCUAGUUUUGGCUCAGGUCGACAGCCCGUUCAUCGUCCCGUUGAAAUUCAGUUUCCAGAGUGAACAGAAGUUGUACUUGGUUUUAGCUUUUGUCAAUGGUGGCGAACUCUUCCAUCACCUCCAAAGAGAGCAACGGUUCAACGAAGAACGGGCAAGAUUCUAUAGUGCUGAACUCCUACUCGCACUCGAACAUCUCCACGAGUUGGACGUCGUUUACCGGGAUCUCAAACCCGAAAACAUCCUCCUCGACUUUACUGGGCACAUUGCUCUCUGCGAUUUCGGGUUGUGCAAAUUGAACAUGAAAGCCAAUGACAAGACCAACACAUUCUGCGGAACUCCCGAGUACCUCGCACCCGAAAUUCUUUGCGGACAGGGUUACAACAAGACGAUUGAUUGGUGGACUUUGGGAGUGUUGCUCUACGAGAUGUUGAGUGGAUUGCCUCCGUUCUACGACGAAAACACCGACGCGAUGUAUCAAAAGAUUCUCAAUGAUCCUCUCGUCUUCGGUCCUGAAAUGUCUCCCGAAGCCCAAUCUAUUCUGACCGGCUUGCUCACUCGCGAUCCCACCAGGCGGCUUGGUGUGAACGGAGCGGAAGAAAUUAGAAGACACCCAUUUUUCAAUAAUCAUUUAGAUUUUAAAUUGCUUGCUCAGAAGAAGAUUCAUCCUCCGUUUAAGCCGAGUGUUGCCAGUCCUGUGGACGUAUCGAAUUUUGAUACGGUGUUCACGACCGAAGCACCUGUUGAUAGCUUUGUCGAGGGCUCCGAGUUGAGUCAGACUGUUCAGGCUCAAUUUUCAGGGUUUUCGUACAAUGGUACAAGCAUGGCUGUCAGUCCUUGA